UCCCUACCCGCCUUUUCUCCCGGCUAAUUAAUCCAAGAGGCGGUGAAGGGCACAACUUUCAGACGACCCCGCCGCGCCGGAAAACCACUACCUCACAAAAUCGAGAAAAAAACAUGACGCCCCAAAGGGUAGUAGUAGCAUUGCCGGCGGCGCUCCUCCUCCUCCUCCUCCUCCUCUGCGGCGGCGGCGCCGACGCCUUCCUCCCGGCGUUCAAGCCCGGCUCCCCCGUGAGCCGGUUCUGCAGAACCGCCAGCAGCAAGCGGCUCUGCACGCGGAUGGUGGGCGGGGCGGCGAGCCUCCACGACGCCACCGCGAACUCCAUCCAGGCCACCCUCGAGCUGGCGGAGAAGCUCCGGGCCAUGAGCGGCGCCGUCAUCUCCGCUGCCGCCGCCGGCCUGCCGGCGGACUCCAAGGAGUCCAUCGUCAAGACGUGCGACGAGAGCUUCGAGGACGCGGUGGACGACCUCAGGCUCUCGCUCGAGGCGCUCAAGGCCAAGGACAACGGAACCCUUAUGACCCGCCUCAGCGCGGCCCUACAGAGCGACUGUGGGGACGCGCUGGACGAUUUUGGCGUGGGGUACCCUUUGAAGACCACCAUCAAGCUUUACGCCCGAUAUCUCGACAACACUUUGGCUGUUGUUACACAACAGUAAAAUUAUUAAUUGUCUAUUUUGUGGAUGAGUAAAUAUGCAUAAAAAUAUACGGAGUAUAUAAUGGGUAGAGUUAUGCUUUUUCCGUUAUGUUUAAAUUGAUCAUUAAAAGUUUGUGUAUGAGAAAGAUUCAUAACGGUCAAUUUAAAAUAAAUGAAAAAUGUAAAAUUACACAUGAUCUAUGUAUUUAAUUUGAAAAAUUAGUUACUCUUCCGUGGUUUUAAGGUCCACAUAUAAUUAUAUUUUUCAUGGGUUUGCAAGUUUUUUUUUGUAAAAAGUUCUAUUCUCUUGUGAUAUUAAUGAACUAAAGUUCAUAAA